GUAUAUAGGUCGGCUGGAACUUAAAAGCUUGAGUUAGAAAAAUGGCAACUACUUGUAAUUUGUUAAAUUUGCCACUGGAGGUCCUGGCCUUGAUUUUAAAAAAAGUAUCCAAUAUUAAGGAUAAACUGAAUGUCGCCCAAGCUCAUCCAAUGCUGGGAAAGGCUUUUGUUUUGGAAGCUGGCGACACUUACAAGGAAAUCCAAUUCGAGGAACGUCCGAUUCCAGAAUGGUCAGCAAUUCUGGCUCUGUGUGGAUCGUCUGUUUACAGAAUCUCUUGCCAAGCAGCGAACAAAUGCGUGGUUGUUGCAAUACUGGCUUCCAAGUUCUGUCCCAACGUCGAGGAGUUCUUUUUUCCCGUUCGCAACAACUCUUGGAACCAUGUCUCUCCACUGCUAGUGACCCUGCACAAUCUUAAUUGGGUCGGACUUAUGAAUGAUUUUGGAAGAGUUAAUGUGGUCGAUACUAUGCUGUAAUUACCGAAGCUGAAUAACUUGCAACUGGCUAAUUUCGACCGUCGUGAUUUGGAAGGACUCAACGUACUUGUAGAUCUGAAGUUCCUGUCAAUAUUUAACAAAAAAGGAGACCCAAUCGAUGUUUAUAAAGUUUGUUCGCCCAUGAAAGCUCUUGAAGAGUUGGAUGUACAAUUCGGCGACAUCCGAGUUCCCAGAAACAUUGAGGGAGGUCAAUUGUGGCCCAAGAUCGAUAUACUCAGAAUUGGUUACGGGGUCUUCUACACGCAAUUGCCUUAUUUACCGACUCUCAAAUACCUGAUAAUAGACAACACUACUCCCCUAAUGAAACUGAACAACAUUAUGGGAACUUCGGUAUCCAAAUACGCCGAAACUUUGGAAUAUCUGCGCUUUUGCCCCGGAACACUUCGAGAUAUCGAUAUAGAUGAAGCCACAACUAUAUCUAAGCUAAGGGCUUUGAAGAGACUCGACUGUCAGUUGGAAGACAAUUUCUACAUUGAUCAUUUCAUUACUAAGUUAAAUCAGCUGGAGGAACUGAUCCUGCAGAAUUCGUACAUUACCAACAGUGGCAUCAUUAUCUUGCUAGGCCAUUGCAAGAAACUACGUAGGCUCGAUCUCUUCGCUUGCCACAAUAUUACAAAAGAUGUGGUUUUGCCGGCUGUCGCCAUUUUAAAGAUGAACGGAGUUCAGACAGAUAAUCCCUUAGUCAUUACAGUCGGUGAUGAAUUUGGAGCCACCAAUGAAAGCCUGUGGUGUGGUGUACUCGUCAUCAAAAAACACACUCAAUUCAGUUGGAAUUUGUUGUAAAAAAUGUAUAACAUUGUGUGCUAAAAGCUAACAAGAAUCCAGAUG